AGUAGAUCGGCACACGAGAUGCCGAGCCGCCUAGGAAACCCCCUCAAAAAAAAAAAAAAAGACACUGAGGAAACCCUCGCGCAUCUCCGCCGCCGACCAUGGCGGGCGCUCCCGCAAUCGUCGCCGCCGCCGAUUCUUACGACCGCGAUUGGGCGGGGCUGCCGGAGGAAAUACUCCUGAUGUUCAUGCGGGAGCUGGAGAUCCCCGACCUCGUCCGCUCAGGUGCUGUCUGCGCCUCGUGGCAUGCUGCUUACCUAGCCGUCCGCCGCCAUCGCUUCCCCCUUCCGAUCCCCCGGAAUCAGCUCCCCUGCCUGGUCUACGCAUGCCGCAAUUCCGCCGCAGACGGCGCCGUCGUCUGCUGCCCCUUCACCGGCGACUCCGUCCGAGUCCCCCUGCCGCAGCCCCCGCUCACCCGCCACUCCACGGUCGGCUCCGCGCACGGCUGGCUCGUCACCGCCGACGAGGCCUCCAACCUCCACCUCCUCAAUCCUAUCACGGGCGCCCACGUCGCGCUCCCGCCCAUCGCCACUCUCCACCACGUCGAGAGCUGCACCGACGCCCAAGGCCGCCUCAUGUACAACGUCUUCGACAGGGGCGAUCCCGAGCCGACCCCCUUUGACGCGCGCGAGGCCAGGGACUGCAUGUACCACCGUGUCACCCUCUCCUGCAGCCCGGCGGCUGGGAGCGCCUGCAUCGUGCUGCUGGUGCACAUGCCGAUCGGCGAGCUCUCCUACGCCCCGCUCGGCGACGAGCGGUGGACCUGGAUCUCGCCCGACGACCACCAGCUCAUGGCCAUCAGCUGGGGCUUCAUGGACUCUUUCUACAAUGAGGAUGAUGGUUUGUUCUAUGUGCUUCGCAGCCACAGAUCGGUUUUCACCCUCAAUUUCAAUGGGCCAUCUCUUGUUGUCAAAAAGAUCAUGCGCAGAGUUAGGAAGGGGGAUGAUCCUUCUAGCAUGUACAUCAUGCAAGCUCCAUGGGGUGAUAUUUUGCAAAUAUGGAGGUGGAGGAGCUACGUCGAUUCAUCAACACCCGUGGAGCUUCCUAGAGAUCUGCUGGGUCACAACGAAGAUGACAUAGACCGGUAUAUUGAGCUCAGAACAACUGAAAUAGAGGUCUAUAAGGUGGACCUUGAGAACCAGGCACUUGUGAAGAUGACAAGCUUAGCGGAUCAUGCACUAUUCCUUGGUUAUAAUAGCUCCAUGUGCUUUGCCACUAAAGAUUUUCCAACACUGAAGCCGAACUGUGUCUAUAUCACGGAUGACUCUGUUGAGUAUGUCAACAUGUGUAAGCAUAACUGGCGAGAAAUCGGAGUUUGGGAUAUAGAAAACAAGAGUCUGCAGACUUUUGAUAGUGUUUUGCUUACUAAUUCCUGGAUGAACUGGCCUUCUCCGGUUUGGAUAACACCCUCCCUUUUCUAGUACUCAACUAGCAGAGAAAGGCGCACAAAAUUCUAAUUACAAAUGGAUUUUUUCAGCUCAAUUAAA